UUAUGACCCGACGAACGUUACACGUUUUAAUGUAAUGAAAAUCAAAACUUUGAACACGAAAGACAGCUGCUUGUCAGAAAAGUAAUACGAUGUUCUCAACUGUCACACUUGUGCUGGUCGUGUCAUGCUUCGGCGCAGCGUUAGGUACCUAUAAACCAUACUGGAACUCGUAUUUGCCAGUACAAGGUGCAGGCAACGGCGGCUAUUGGAACUCGUAUGUGCCGCAAUAUGGGAACUAUGGGCCGCAAAAAUAUCCUGGUUACUCAGGUUCUUAUUGGCCUGGAGCAUGGGGUGGCUGGCAAGGGGAUAACGUCGGCUCGCAAAAGAAUUCCGUGGACGGCACAGGCAAUUACGUGGGCUGGCAAAAGAAUUAUGUGAAUUAAGUACAGAUGAAAUUGAACGAAAUAAAGACCAAAACAUGCAGAGAAUGUUUGCUUUUGAUUGACAAUUAUUUAUACUUAAUAAAUAUUUUUC